GUCGCCCUCCUCGAGGUCGUUCGCGACCGUGCAUGACAUUAUCCGUGAGCCUUCCACACCUGGGCUUGCAACCGCAGCCAAGUUCUCCCUGGACGCACUCAAAGACAUACUCGAGGCGGUGGACACGUUGCCGUGUGUCAAGUAUAUUGCUGGUGUUGGUGUCAAGAUCCUUGACAUCAUGGACGUAUGUUCCGCAGUCAACUCAUUGCAAGGCUCAUCCCGCUUUUAUAGGAAGUACAAACCAACAAGGAGGCGCUGCGAACCAUCUCUAUUCACGCAGGAGAUAUCGUCCUCGCCGUUGCUCGAGCUUGUGCGGGAGCACAGGAAGAUAUAGCAGCGGCACUUGAAGGUGAUCUUCAGCAGCUUACUCGCACUAUGAAUGAAAUGCUAUCCUUCACUGCAGAAAUAGCUGCACGUCCAGGAUAUAAGAGGUUUCUGUACAAGGGGGAAGAUGCCGGCGCAAUCAAGGCCCUCGAUUCGCAGCUGACACAUGCAUUCCAAGUCUUCGUGGUGCAAUCAAGUAUAAGUCUCAGGGUCUCGCAGCAGCAGAUGACACAAAAGCUCGAGGGUACAGUCGCGGCCGCACCCUCCCACUUAGUGACGAACGUACCUCUCCGCGUCCCGGAAGGAAUCUACAUCGUUCGCAGUGCUGCGGACGGCCGCGUUCUCGAGAUUGAGCACGCCCGAGCCCGAAGCUGGCAGGUCAGCGUGCACGUCUACGUCGCGCCCUUCCACGAAAACGUGAGCCCUUACCAGCUCUGGACAGUCUUCAAGAACGGGGGGAAAUCGCCUGGAUACACAGUUCGCAGCUUCGCUGUGGGCGCCGCGCUCGACGUGUGCCGCGGAGAGGCUACGCCGGGCACACAGGUCAUUGGACACCCGUGGCAUACCAGUACGAACCAACUCUGGGCGUUCUACGCGACAAGGAGCGCGACAGGAUAUGACUACUGCACUAUUCGCAGCUAUGGUCCGCCCACGGUCAUGGAUGCGAAGUGCCCGAGUGGCAGCGAGUGCGACUUGCUACACAUGUCACACCUUCAGGAAGAUGGGCCGUACGCAAGUCAGGAGUGGUCUCUCAUGCGACUGCCCACGGCUCCCUCCAUCCCACGUCCACCUCUGACGCCCACUGCAGCUCUGGCGACGCCGGAGAACAUCACACGUCGCAAAUUUUGGUUGCAAAAUGUAGCCUCUGGCGGCUACGCGAAAGCGACAGGGCUGGAUAGCAAGACGACCAACGCGAACGUCUUGCUCGAAUCGUCAGGCGAGAGGGCGGGCUUGUGGCACUUUGUCCUCAUUGCCGAAGAACCUCGCUCGGAGCACUUCGCCAUAGUGACAGGUGUAGCACCUCGUCUCGCAACUCUCGAUCACUACGGGCAGCGUUGCGUGCUCGCGAGCGCGGAGCGCUUCUGGCCGAGCGAUAGUCACCACGUGUGGACGGCCAUCCUGCGCGAUGGCGCUUUUGCGUUCCGGAACAGAGCCUCGGGCCGCCUCCUGUACCAGGGUCGCACUGCGGGCAUUGUCGACACGGCUCCAUCAACAGAGUGUGAUAAUCCAGCUUGCCUGUGGCGCCUCAUCGAUCCGCACACAAGCGAACCUUGUAGGGUGCUCUACGACGCGACGGUGAACGUUGCGUUGCCUGAGAUUGCCGGGUUGGAGGAGGGGGCGCAGGCGGUCGCGCCACGGAUGUUCCUAAGGACGCAGGACGCGCCAGCAGACGUCUCGCAGCGCUUUACUGAAAGUCUCGAGGUAGAACAUGAGCUUGUGCGUGCAAUGCUCAAUAACGGACAUACCACAGUUGUGCUCGGCCCGCAGUGCGUUAUGGGCUGGAAGGGGCGAAUAUUGAAGACGUACCUCGAUGAGGAGGACUCGGUGUUGGGGAAGCCGAAGUUUAAAGGGAAAGGGGACUAUGACCCGUGUCCGUCAUAAAUAUAUUCAUCCGAAGUGAUAGAUCACAUGUUCGCGCAAAGCCUGAGUUGCUUGGCCUGCCUUAAUUUACC